AUGGCUUCCGCAUUAUUCCGAUUUCUUGCAGCAGCUGGGAGGGAAAUGAAAAAUGCUAUGGUAAAUAAUGAGUUCCUUGGGGACAGAUGGAAACAUAUUCUACCCAACUCUACGGAGCCUCUAGGAGUCGAAGUUUUGAAAUCACGUGGGUUCUUCAUUCAGUCAUAUUGGUUCUGGAUAGGCGUUGCGGCUUUGAUUGGAUAUACAUUACUUUUCAACUUAGGCUACAUCCUUGCUCUUGCAUAUUUGAGCCGUGAGGAACCUGGGAAGCAACAUGCUUUUAUAGCAGAAGAACCUGAAAGCAAUGAGCAGAAUGGUGGCAGAAAUAAAGGAACUAAUUUGUUGAGGCACAUAAAAUAUAGCUUUAAUCCGCACUCCAUUAAAGUGAGAAAUGGCGAAAGUAUGAGUGGAAGUACAUCUUCUCAUACUUUACCUACAAGUCAAAGAGGAAUGGUUCUUCCUUUUGAACCACAUUCUAUCACCUUUGAUGAAGUAACAUAUGCUAUUGACAUGCCACAGGAAAUGAGGAACCGAGGAGUUCUUGAGAAUAAAUUGGUUCUUUUGAAGGGUGUCAGUGGAUCGUUCAGGCCAGGUGUUCUCACUGCUCUAAUGGGUGUCACUGGAGCAGGUAAAACAACUCUGAUGGAUGUACUUGCUGGUAGAAAAUCUGGCGGAUAUGUUGGAGGGAACAUCACAAUAUCUGGGUACCAGAAGAAGCAAGAAACAUUCGCAAGAAUUUCUGGAUACUGUGAGCAAAAUGACAUUCACUCUCCUCAUGUUACUGUAUAUGAAUCCUUGCUUUAUUCAGCUUGGCUCCGAUUGUCCCCAGACAUCAACGAUCAAACUAGAAAGAUGUUCAUAGAGGAAGUCAUGGAACUUGUGGAAUUGAAACCACUAAGGUAUGCAUUAGUCGGAUUUCCAGGUGUUAAUGGUCUCUCAAUAGAGCAACGUAAAAGGUUGACAAUCGCAGUUGAACUGGUGGCAAAUCCUUCCAUAAUAUUCAUGGAUGAGCCAACUUCUGGGCUGGAUGCAAGAGCCGCUGCUAUUGUCAUGAGAACAGUUAGGAACACUGUAGACACUGGAAGAACUGUUGUUUGUACCAUCCAUCAGCCUAGCAUAGACAUAUUUGAAUCUUUUGAUGAGCUUUUGCUAUUGAAGCAAGGAGGGCAAGCGAUAUAUGUGGGGCCACUUGGACGUCGUUCUUCCAAUUUAAUUAGUUACUUUGAGGGAAUCCAAGGUGUCAGUAAGAUUAGAGAUGGCUAUAAUCCAGCAACAUGGAUGUUGGAAGUCACGAGUUCAGCAAAAGAACUUGAAUUGGGGAUUGAUUUUGCUGAGGUGUACAAAAAUUCAGAGUUAUACAGUGAAAGACAACAAGAUCUUUUCAAUGCCAUGGGUUCCAUGUAUACUGCUGUCCUCCUUCUUGGUGUUAAGAACUCUAAUUCAGUGCAGCCAGUAGUUGCUGUUGAGCGGACAGUUCUGAUUGAGCUCCCAUAUAUACUUGUGCAAGCAGUGGUCUAUAGCAUUAUAGUUUAUGCAAUGAUCGGUUUUGACUGGACUGUGAGGAUCCCAGUAUGGUGGAGGUGGUACAGUUGGGCAAAUCCAAUUUCUUGGAGUUUGUAUGGAUUGGUAGCUUCACAAUAUGGAGAUACAAAGCAUAGCAUUGAAUCCAGUCUCGGUAGAACAACAGUGGAAGGCUUUGUGAGAAGUUACUUUGGAUUCGAACAUGAUUUUCUGGGAGUGGUUGCAGUUGUUAUAGUUGCAUUUACAGUAGUUUUUGCAUUGAUCUUUGCCGUAUCAGUGAAGGUGUUUAAUUUCCAGAGGCGUUAA